CAAGAUCCGAACUUGGAUUGUAGAAGUUGACAUCACCACGGCCUUGCGACUGCCUCAGAAGGUUAUUCCAGGAAUUCUUUCAGAAGAAAUUGCUUGUAGAAAUGUUUAGACCGUCGUUCGAACAGCCAAAAGUGUUGGAUAUGCUCUUACGUUCGUGCGGAGAGGAAAUAAAGCGACAGACGAGCUUUGUGUCAUUACGUGCGACGGCAAUGGAAUCUCACAGCGUUGGAUAUGUGGUUUUAACAGCGCGAGUCGAUAGCUCCGAACACACUGCCAGCCGCCACCGUGCAAGGGUCACAACACGAAGUACUGAUCCCGGCGAACUUCGCUUGUUGGCGCUUGCGAUGUGGCGAGCUGCGCAAGGAGUUUGUCGGUGUCAUCAUGAUGAUGACGCUGACAAACUCCUUGCGCAGCUCGCCACAUCGCAAGCGCCAACAAGCGAAGUUCGCCGGGAUCAGUACUUCGUGUUGCGACCCUCGCACGGUGGCGGCUGGCAGGGUGUUCGGAGCUAUCGACUCGUGCCGGCAAGUGGGGGCGCCGUUGCAACUGCAAGCCCGACAGAAACGGUUUGUGUGCAGGGCAUCAUCAUGAUGACGCCGACAAACUCCUUGCGCAGCUCGCCACAUCGCAAGCGCCAACAAGCGAAGUUCGCCGUGAUCCGAACUUCGUGUUGCGACCUUGACGCGAUGGCGGGCAGGGUGUUCGGAACUAUGAUUGGGAACGUCGUCGCCGGUGCCAAGGGGGCGGUUCUGGACAUGUGUCUGUUCGAGGGGUUCGGAGCGGGUGUUGCGAACACCCCGUUCUACAACGACCUCCGGCGGCAGGGCGGGUUUGUUUUGGGUCGAGAGUUCUUAGACUCCUUGGAGGACAAGGACAUCGCCCUCGACGUCGCUUGCGUAGUCGGCCCCGGCAUGGAAUUGUCAAUGCCUUUGCAGCCGUGCGGCGGAUGUGAGUCGAGCGGGGCAGCGGGGGAGGGGGGGGAUCUGGGUUCUGGGGAUGCUACACAUGUGCAGCGGGAGGAUGCCAGAGCAGAUCCCGGAGAAGAGGGAGUCCUGUGUGGGUCUGACUUGGAGCCCGCCGAGGGCCAUGGCGCGGAAGGCGAGGCCGUGGGCAAGGAGAGAGCGCAGGGCACUCCCCAAAAAAGAAGGGGAGAAUGUCAAGAAGCGUUGGUGGGCUCUUCGAAGAAACAGAAGACCAAGACCCCGAGGACUGCGGGAGAGAAACGGAAGGGGAGCAGGGUGGAAGAGGGGCACCGGGGUAGCAAACGUCCAGCUUCGAAACAUAAACAUCCUGAGCCGGGACCUUCUUCACCAAGGCCUGCCAUUGACGUGGACGCCGGGUACUUCCUGAAGUACAAAGACGGCGUCAGGACAAGGCGGGAGUUUGAGAUCAGCCCCGCUCAGAUCGUCGACGUAAGGGAGUGGGAGGAUCUUUACAACCAGCGGUCGCUAGAUCUCGUCCUCGUGGCAACGAUAAGGGAAGCAAUGGGGUCUGCGUUCCAAAAUAAAGAACAGACAUACGAGUUGCCGGUCUUCAAGCUUGCACCACUGGGGCUUCAAAAACCAACUCCUGGGACCAAGGCACAACGUCUGAAGCCGGAGGAGUGGAAGGAUGAGCUGGCGGGAGAAUACUACUACUACGCGGUGUGCGGGCAGCACAAUGCGGCUGCAGCCAGGUCGCUGCUCGGCAGCGAGGUGGCCAAGAAAUUGCUGAGCCACGACAGGGCGAAGUGGAUCGUCAAAAAGAAGAAAGUCAAAAACGUUAAGUCUGGGGUCACCUACAUCCACAACGACAAAUUGGGCAGAACAGAGGUGGUGUACAACGUCCCCGUGGACCCGUCGAAUAAAAAGGGCAAAAAGGAGAAAGAGGAGGGCGAUUGGUUCGUGCAAGUGCCAGACCCGGACGCGCAUUGCAGGAAAACAAUGGAAUCACUCACGGACAAUGAGAAGUGUCGCGUUCUGAAAAAGGUGCUUGCUUGCGAGGUCAUUUGGGUCCAGGCCGGCUCUCCGUCGUUGGCGAAGUUGGGAAAGCUCAGCAUGCAGGACAUGGUGCAGCUGGUGAAGUGCGACCGCGUGCUGGUCCGGUUGUGGAAUUACUACAAAUUCAAGCACGAGAAGAGGCCGGACGCGGACUGGAUCCAAAGGUACCCUUUCCUGAGAUCGAGGUCUACCGUGUUCAAGAAGUUUGAAGGUCAGGGGUUGCAUGACGAGUUGUGGGAUAACAGCAGGAAACACGUUUCCGACUCGGCGCUGUUCAAGGACUGCCCGCUGUACAUGGGUUGUGACCAGGACAACUCGAUUGAGGUGACGGAGAAGUUGGCGGGCCACAAGAAGUUGUCCGUCGACCGGAGAAACAAGGUUCUCUCCGUGUUGAAUGGAAGCAGACUGAAGAGCCGGGAAGUCGCACUUGCCGAAGGCGUCAUUCACAUUAAAUGGAAAGACACGGGGGACGUGACAUCCAUCGCACCGUUCGCCAACGACCCUUUAGAGGCGGACAUCAGGGGCGCARAGCUGAASGAGGCAKUGGCUGCCACAAAGAGCCACACGUUCGUCCUCGAUCUGUGCGAGCCRGUUGACCUCAAACUGUGGAAGCCCCAAGCGUGGGAGACUUUGAAUUCCUAUCUCCAGACGUGGUGUCCCUCGCAUUGGACUCUCGUUGUUUUCGUGCCGCGGCAGCACAACCUGUCGUUUCUCGCYAGCAUGCACCAUCUUUCUUUCGUCAAGCUGUUGGAAGGGAAGUGGGURCGGAGAGUGCAGCAAAAAAAAAGYUUCCCCGUURGGAACAAUUUAUACACGGAGGAAGACCRCAUGUACAUCCUCUUYAAGGGUGACGAUCUGCGCGUCAACACGUCCGUGGUSUACGAGGGAAACCUGCCCAGGGGUGCCGCUGCUGCCGUGYGAUUGCCUCAGAGGGUCACCCAGACGGAUGUGUCCGAGAUUCCUUUCACRCCUUGCGACUGGUCGCUGGUGGCGCCUGAACGACARGGCAGCGUCUAUGGGGAUAUGRAACGCAAUCCGACACAAUUCGUCGGUCUUCUUGAUUUUCUGGGCAAGAAGGGAGAGGGUGUCGUGUUUCUUGGRAAACCGCACGCGCGAAGCGUCUGGGAGCUCCUGAAGGCCGGCCGGCACGUUGUCGCAAUGGAAGGGAACUCCGACCUCUUGCAAUUCRCGAUGCAGGUGGUGAAAAGCGAGGUCAAUUCGGGUGGGCACAAUUGUGAGUUCAUGGUCGUGAGGCCAACACGGGAUAAGGUGUGGAGCAACAAGACAGAUAUGUGGUUCAAGUUGAGCGAGAGGAAGAGGAAUAAGAUAUACGAUUUCUUAUUCCUUCAAACGCGUCCGACGAGGGACACUGACGCCGAGUACAUCCGUCGGAAGGACCACAUGUUGGCACUGCUCGACAACUACCACUUCGCCUCCCGCAUGAACGCGAAGACGUUUAUCGAAAGGCUGCAAUCGCUGUCCUUCGUGGAGUCCGAGGAGCAGUUGAAGUUAGCCAGUUACGCUUACCUGAUCUCCACUGACGACGACGAAGCCAUAGGUGUGGAGUUUGUCGCCAACGCGAAGGAGGAGGAGAGCGACACGGAGAGCAUCGACCUGCAGUACGACCCGCCUCCGGCGGACCACGGCCGAGGGUCCUCGUUGGCCGGUCCAUCACCAAGCGCUGCAGCCCUCGUGUCACCAUUGGCCAAACCGGCGCCGGGCACCAUGCCGAUAAAGUUGAUGGAGAGACUUAGAGCUCUGGCCGCCCCCCCGCCCGCUUUGCGUCCCGGGUCCGUCGUCCCGCCCGAUCAUCCGUCUUGGAAGGAUGACAACAUCCACUUCCUGCUUGAACCGCAACGUCAUUCACCUGAGCUGGAGUGGGGCCAUGACAUGGUUUGGCAUCCGGGAGUGAUCCAGCCAGCGAUACGAAAUGGCGAGUGGGUCAUGGCCGUGGCAAUCCCGGGCGCGGGAUGGCGGGAGGCUGCAAUUGCAGGCUCCGGCGACAGGGAAACCACGAAGUCCGCCGAGAUCCGAACUUCUUCGGGCGGGGUUUGUCGGCCAAGGAUUGUUGUGCCGUUGAAAGGGGCAGCGUGCACGGGGACGGAAGGGCGGUCCUCGAGAUUCAGCACGGGUACCGCGGAAGGGGACGAGUUUCGUGGGAGGGAAGUAGUGGAGAAAAUGGAGGAACAGAAGGGAGCGCAAGAAGGGGAGGAAGAAGGCGAAGAAGAGGUGGAAGGGGAGGAAGCGGGAGAAACGGUGCUAUUUGAUUUGUUUGAAGGGAGGGAGGGUGCCGGGUCUGGGGAAGACGAAGUGGAACACAGUGAGGACGAUGCCGGAUCUGGAGAGUCGUCUGACGAGUUUGGACAACUGUACGAAGAGCAUCACGAGGAUGAUGUCGACGACGAUGCCACGACAAUGGAGAUGGAGACACAAGUGGUCAGCAGCCUUUCCGCAGAGCCUGAAGAUUAUGCGGUCCGGCAACUGACGUCUGCUGUCGACUUGCAACACCGGUUCGACGAGGCUUCCGUCGCUAUCAGCCCGUCUGAAAAAAGUCGACGUAUAAGCAUCAACGAAGUUAUCGAUGGUAUCCUCGGCGAGCACAACGUGUCUACCCGUCCAUCCGCAACAGCCAAAGUCGCAUGUUCCGUGGCAGCUGUCCUCACUUCGUCGCCGCCGAAGUCUCUGGUGCUGCCGGCCACCCUUGCCGCCGAAGGGAAUGGCGAGUUCGGUGGAGGACAACAUGUGACGUCCCCAAAAAAAUCGAGGUUCGGUGGUCAAGCUCUCGACGUGCUCGCUUUGCCUGCGCCAAAUUCACCAUCGAAGGAGCGGAGAGAGAAACAGACUGGUAAGCCGUGAAGAGCGCCUGCGCAUCCGAAUGUCGCCGGAUUACAGUCCGCGCUAUACACACGACGAUUCUCCACACUGUCUGUACAUACGGGAAGUUUUGGAUGC